GACGUCAGAGUGUGGAGCGCAUGACAGAGCUGCAGCAGUCUAAGUACCAGGACCUCCAGGCUGGUCUGCCCUCUGAGCUCAGCAUGCAGCUGGCAGAGGUGACGCUCGCUCUGGGCUCCGCUGAGGACCAGGUCCAGGCGAGGGAAAGGGAGGUGCAGCAGACCCGAGAUGUGAAAGAGGACUUCAGCUCCCGACUCCAGGACAUUGAGGCAAAGCUGAAGACCAUCGCUCUGAAACUGGAAGACAAGAGUGCCGACCUGGAGGAGGCCAAAGAAGAGACUAAAACUCUUUGUGAAGAGUGUGAAUCCUGUUGUCGCUCUCUGGCAGAGUUAGGAGUAGCAGUGCAGGAGUUUGGUGAGCAGAACCCUCUGCUGUGUAAGCAGCUAGGCGAUGCUGUGGCCAAACUGACAGAGGUGCAGCGCAACACGACACAGCAGGUCCAGGACAGAGCCAACAGACUGAAGAAGGCAGAAAGACAGGUGGAGGAAUAUCAGGGUAUGAAGGUGUUCAUUUUGGGCUGGACAGAAAAGGCAGAAGCUCUGGUUACUGGUAAUAUCAUCUGGAGCUCUGCUUCCCAGCUGCAGGAGCAAAUUCGAGCACAUCAGGCGUUGCUGCGGGAGUGCCGGGGUCUCCAUGGUGACUUGGAAGCUAUGGGGGAGAGGGAGGGGCAGCUGGGGGAGGUGUUGCAGAUGGAGGGGUGGAGCCAGCAGGUGAAACACCUCAGCAGACGUACUGAGGAGCUGCAGCAAACUGCCAAGACUCGCCUCCAGAGUCUGCAGGAUGCAGCAAAGGACAUGUCGCGCCUGGAGGCAGAGGUAAAGAGCCUCCAUGCAGCUGUAGAUCAGAUCCAGGUCAUACUUGCCUCCCCUGACCUCAACAGGCUCAGCCUCAGAGAGCAGCUCACACAGAGACAGCGUCUGCUGGUGGAAAUGGAGGGCUUCAAGCAGCAGGUGGUGGCAGUACAGCAGUGUCAGAGCGCCCUCCGGCUACCAGAGGAGGUAGUGGCCAGUCUGCCUAUCUGCCGUACAGCUCAGACACUGCAACAAGAGGCCAGCCAACUGCAGCAUACCACCAUCCAGCAGUGCAACAUUCUGCAGGAGGCUGUGGUGCAGUAUGACCAGUAUGAACAGGAAGUGAAGAACCUCCAGAGACUAAUAGAAGAAGCCCAUCGCAUCAUUCAGGACCGGCCCGUCUCCACCAAUAACAUACAGGAACUUCAAGCUCAAAUACACCAUCAUGAGGAGCUGGCCCAGAAGAUCCGUGGCUACCAGGAGCAGAUCGCCUCGCUCCAUUCCAAGUGUAAGAUGCUGACGGUGAAAGCCAAACACGCCACCAUGCUGCUGACGGUCAGUGAGGUGGAGGGCCUGUCGGACGGCAUGGAUGAGCUGAGUGAUGAGGAGCUGCCCAGUGCUGUGGCAACUGCCACCACCACCGCCACCAAGCAGCUUCCAACACACCCCUCUGUCGUCAUGAUGACAGCCGGCCGCUGCCACACACUCCUCUCCCCUGUGACGGAGGAGUCAGGGGAGGAGGGUACCAACAGCGAGGUCUCCUCUCCCCCUGCCUGCCGCUCCCCCUCCCCAGGGGCUAAUGCUGAUCCUCCUCUUAACCAGGGUCGAGGCACCUUAAGCCGGGCCCCCCUCCAGGAGCUGUAUGACCCGUCCUUGGAGACCAGUGCUGCUAACCUGGAUGACCUGCAGAGAUCCUGGGAAACACUCAAGAAUGUGAUCAGCGAGAAGCAGAAGAGUCUGUAUGAGGCUCUGGAGCGGCAGCAGCACUAUCAGGAGUCCCUCCAGUCCAUUUCCACCAAGAUGGAGUCCAUUGAGGGGGCGCUCAAUGAGGGCCUGGAGCCCAACAAGACCCCCGAGAGCCAGAUGGCUGCACACCAGGCUCUGAUGGAUGAGAUCCUGAUGCUGCAGGAUGAAAUUGGCGACUUACAGACAUGUUUUUCUGAGGAGCUGGCAGACAGUGACAGCGAUGGGGAGGCUGGUGACCAACUGGCACUGCAGUCCACUCUUACUGUACUGGGAGAGAGGAUGGCCACCAUUCGAAUGAAGGCUUCGGGAAAACGGCAGCUGCUGGAAGAGAAACUAAGCGAACAGCUAGAGGAGCAACGACAGGAACAGGCACUGCAGCGUUACCACAGCGAGGCUGAAGAGCUCGACCACUGGCUGCUCAGCACUCGCGCUACUCUCAGCUCUGCACUUCAGCCCCAAAACGAAGACAUGGACAUGGAGGAGCAGCUCAUUGACUGUCAGAACAUGCUGUUUGAGAUCGAGCAGAAGGUGUCGUAUCUGUCCGAGCUGUCCGUCCACAGUGAGAGUUUGCUGUUGGAGGGCCGGGCCGAGACCAAGGGAGAGGCGGAGCAGCUCACCCUCAAACUGCGCUCCCUCAAAGACAGCCUUCUCGAGCUGCAGCAGAUGCUGCAGGACAAACAGGUUGACAUACAGGGUUCAUUACAGGAGCAGGAGGACAGUGAGCCAGACUCAUCUCUGUCCCAGAGUCCUAAUGUCCAGGAUUGGCUGUCUCAGGCCCGUUCAACACGCACACAGCAACACCACAGCAACCUGCUUCGACAGAGGGAGCUGCAGGAGCAAGUAGCUAAACAGAGGAAGCUGCUCCAGUCUGUAGCAAGUGUCGGGGAAGAGUUACUCAGCCAACAGACCACACCCAACGGGGACAGUGAGGUGUCCAUCCCAGGGGGAGUGUUGCUGGAAACAGAGAGGUUGUCUCCUUUGGACCAACUGAGACAGCGCUGGGAAAACCUGAAUAAAGAUCAGAGCACCAAGCUGCAGCUCUCCCUCAGCUCCCUGGAACAGGACCAACUUAGCCCGGUUCUCCACCGGUCCCGUCUCUCCAGUCCCAGUAUGGUGUUUCGAGGUGAGUCUGGCAGCCAGGACUCUCACUCUCCGAGAGCUUUGUUCGAGGCCUGCAGCCAGACUCUGGAAAGAAUUGCCCAAGAGGCAGCGGGUGGUGACAGUAAACAGGCAGUGUCUUUCAGAGGGGUGACAGUCCAGCAGGACCUGUAUGCUGCAGUUUCAGCAGCCUCAUCCUGGCUGGAUGCUGCUGAGAAUCAGCUGCUCUCUGGUCCCGUGCUACUGUCUGAGGAUACAGAGACACAACUCACAAAUCUAGAGGGUCUGAGUAAACAGCUGAAGGGGAUGACCAGGGAGGUGAACCAGUGCAGAGAUCUGCUGGGUGGAGGAGCAGGCCGGCUGUGUGGAGGAGAUGAGCAAGCUCUGAUGGAGGACACCCUGGAGGGCCUGCAGGAGAGGAUGGGCCUGCUAGACUCCACCCUGGAGCAGCUCUGCGAUGGCAUGAGGGACCGGCUGCAGGAACACUCGACUUUCCAGAAUGAACUGAGGAUGCUGUUCACAGCUCUGAGUGAAAGUAAACACCAGCUGCUGCAAAAGAUGGCUGGAACUGCAGACAGACCUGCAUCUAAACAGAUAGAGGCAUUAUCAGAAGUGGAGGACAGUCUGAGGGAGUUUGAGCAGAGAGUGACGGAGCUGAAGACCAGAGCAGAAGGACUCCAAUCUGAACAAGUCUCCAAUCAGGAACUACUAAAACUACAGGAUGCAUACGAGGAGUUGGUGCUGAUGGUGGGCUCCAGACGUAGCAGUCUGAACCACGGCUUGUCUCUCAAGGCUCAGUAUGAAGCUGCACUUCACGACCUCACAGACCUGGUGGACACCGCACAGGACAAGAUGGCUGCCGACCAGAAGAUGACAGUGGCCUCUGUCAUAGAGGUCCAGAUGUUACUGGACAAACACAAAGAGUUCUUUCAGGGUCUGGAAUGCCAUAUGAUCCUCACCCAGACAUUUUACAGUAAAGUGUGUGGGCUGGUGGGACAGAGAGAAAGCCAGGUCCUGGAGGAGACCAUGGCUUUAGCCCACAGUGUGCUCAAACAGGCCCACAGAAGGGGAGUGGAGCUGGAAGGCAUCCUGGAGUCAUGGAGCAGGCUUGUGGAAGACUACCAGGCUCUGUGUAGACAGCUGGAGGCUGUGGAGUGUAGCAUCCCCACUGUAGGUCUAGUAGAGGAGACAGAGGAGAGACUUACUGAAAGGAUCAGUCUAUACCAGCAUCUGAAAGCCAGCCUGACAGAGCAUCAGCCUCAGCUGUACCAGGUUCUGGAAGAGGGCAAGAGGCUUCUUCUGUCUGUUGGCUGUUCAGACUUAGAGAAUCAGUUGACCCAACUGGGAGAACACUGGCUCUCCUCCACCACCAAAGUCAACAAGGAGCUGCACCGCCUUGACUCGACACUCAAACACUGGAGCAGGUACCAGAGUGAGUCAGCAGAGUUGAGCCACUGGUUGCAGUCGGCCCUGGACCGACUUGAGUUCUGGACAACCCAGUCAGUGACCGUGCCUCAGGAGCUGGAGACUGUCAGAGACCAUCUCUAUGCCUUCCUGGAGUUUUCCAAGGAGGUGGAUGCUAAGUCAUCUUUGCGUUCUUCUGUGCUAAGCACGGGCAACCAGCUUCUGCGAUUGAAAAGAGUAGAUACAGCUGGUCUGAGGACGGCGUUGGGCCAAGUCGACACUCAGUGGGCUGAGCUGCUGACUCGUAUUCCUGUAGUACAAGAGAAGCUACACCAGUUGCAGAUGGAGAAGCUGGCAUCACGGCAUGCCAUCACUGAGCUGAUGAGCUGGAUCUCCCUCAUGGAGAACAUCAUAGACGAAGACCAGGACAAGAUCUUGGGAGCUGUAGGCUCUGAGAUGGUCCAAAACUUUUUGCAGAAGUAUAAGGGUUUCCGCAUUGAUCUGACCUGUAAGCAGCUGACUGUGGACUUUGUUAACCAGUCUGUGCUGCAGAUCAGCAGCCAGGAUGUGGAGGGGAAGCGCAGUGACAAAACAGACUUUGCUGAGAAGCUGGGAGCUAUGAACAGAAGAUGGCAGAUACUGCAGGGGCUCAUUACUGAAAAGAUUCAGGUAUUGGAAGGACUUUUGGAAAGUUGGUUAGAACAUGAAAAUGGAGUCCAGGCCCUGAAAACCUGGCUCACACUACAGGAGGAGAAACUGAAGAAGAGACACAGGAUAGAGGAUGUAGCAUCAGUGCAGAAUGCACUUAAAGACUGUCAGGAGUUGGAAGAAUUAGUGAAGGAAAAAGAAAAGGAUCUAGAGAAAGCAGAGGAACGAGGAAACACUCUCAUUCAGGAUAAGAAAGGGGCAGCGUGCUCUGUUGUCAAGGAGACCCUCAAAGGGCUAAACCAGUCCUGGGCUCAUUUGGACCACAUGAUAAGUCAGAUGAAGGUCAGCCUGCGGUCAGUGCUGGAGCAGUGGACACUGUAUCGGCGAGCUUCAGAGGAGAUUAAUGGUUACCUGAUGGAGGGGAGGUAUUCUGUGUCAAGGCUGCGCCUCCUUAACGGUUCUAUGGAGGCAGUGCAACAGCAGGUGGAGAGUCUGGAGAACCUGCAGGAGGAGAUGGAUAAACAGGAGAGCAGUCUGAGGAAAUUCGGCUCCGUAACACACCAGCUACUGACAGAAUGCCACCCAUCUGUGGCUGAAACACUCAACAGAGCCCUCCGGGAUGUCAACAUCAGAUGGAACCGCCUACUAGAGCAGAUCUCAGAGCAGCUGAGGAGCAGUAAGGCCUUGUUGGGGCUGUGGCAACACUACAGGACAUUGUACGACCAGUGUGUGACAGCAGUUCAGAAACAGGAAGGACAUGCUGACCGCCUGCUAAAGAGUGCCACCGACAGGGAGAUCACAGAGGAGGAAAACAGCUCCUGGAUAAAGGACUGCAAUGCUUGCCUUGGUGACCAGGCCUUGGUACAGGAGUCCCUUCAGCAGCUGCAGGCUUUAGGGGAACAGCUGAAGAACCAAGUCGACGCCUCCUCAUCUGCAGCCCUCCAGUCAGACCACCUGUCACUCACGCAUCGUCUAGCAACAGUGGAGCACGCCCUACACAGGCAGCAGGAAGUACUGCAGUCUGGAUCCCAGGCCUGUGAUGGUUUCAGAGAGCAGUUGGACACAUUGAUACGCAAGGCUGAGGAGGCUGAGGAGGUGCUGAAGGAGUCUGACUCGGUCGGCUCACCAGAGCUCAGUGUGGUCCAGACACGAAUGGAAAAACUGAAGGUUCACUUGCUGAAGCUGAGCAGUCUAUCUCCAGACCUGGAGCGGGUUAAUGAGUUGGUGUACAGACUACCAGUCAGUGACAGAGAUGUUAAACAGCUGCAGAGUCUCAACAGAGCCUGGGCUGCUCACUGUGCUCACCUCACUGAGAGGUUCAGUAAACUGCAGGCGGUGUUGCUCCAGCAGCAGAGCUUCCUCCAGAAGUGUGAGGCCUGGAUGGACUUCCUGUCUCAGACUGAACAGAAGUUGGCUGCUGAGAUCUCAGGCAACUACCAGAGUCUGCUGGAGCAGCAGAGAGACCACGAGUUGUUCCAGGCAGAAAUGUUUAGCAGGCAACAGAUCCUCUACUCCAUCAUCAGUGAUGGCCAUCGAAUGUUGGACCAGGGACAAGUGGAUGACAGGGAUGACUUCAGUGUGAAGCUUGCCUUGCUGAGCAAUCAGUGGCAGUGCGUAGUGAGGCGGGCUCAGCAACGAAGAGGCAUUAUUGAUAGUCUUGUCCGCCAGUGGCAGAACUACCGGGAGAUGGCAGAGAAGCUGCUACGAUGGCUUCAGGAAGUGACCCAUGAUCCAGAUGUUCAUCACCCAGGAGAACCAGUGGCUCUGCAGCAGGCCAGAAACCUGUUAGAUCAGAUACAGCUGAGGGAGCGGGUGCUCCAGAGGCAGCAGGGAGGCUACAUCCUCACCGUGGAGGCUGGCAGGAGCCUGCUGCUGUCAGCCGACGCCAUGGCCGAGUCCACCCUGCAGACAGAGCUGAUGGAGAUUCAGGAGAGGUGGAGGCACGCCCACCACCGCCUGGACCAGCAGAGGAAGGAGCUGCACGGCUUGCUCAAGAACUGGGAACGAUGUGAGAAGGGCAUAGAUGCGUCACUGGAGAAACUGAGGGCCUUCAAGAGGAAGCUGUCUGUGCAGCUGCCUGACCACCAUGAGGAGCUACACUCAGAGCAAAUCAGAUGCAAGGAGUUGGAGAGUGGUGUGGAAGGCUGGACUGAUGACCUCACUUCCUUGUUCCUGCUGAGGGACUCCUUGGAGGGCGUGGUUAGUGCAGAUGACAUCACUGUCCUACAGGAACGCCUCCAGCUGCUGCAGCGCCAGUGGGAGGAGGUCUGCCACCAGCUCUCCCUGCGCAAGCAGCAGGUGAGCGAGAAGUUGAAUGAGUGGGCCGUGUUCAAUGAGAAGAACAAGGAGCUGUGUGAGUGGCUCACACAGAUGGAGAGCAAGGUCUCUCAGAAUGGAGACAUCAGCAUUGAAGAGAUGAUCGAAAAACUGCGCAAGGACUACCAGGAGGAGAUCAGUGUAGCUGAGGAGAACAAGCAGCAGCUGCAAGUUAUGGGUGAGCGCCUGGCCAGAGCCAGCCAAGACAGCAAGGCGGCCGAGAUCCAACACAAACUCAGCAAAGUCAGCGAGCGCUGGCAACACCUGCUGGAUCUCAUUGCUGCCAGGGUGAAGAAAUUAAGGGAGACCCUGGUCGCAGUGCAGCAGUUAGAUAAGAACAUGAGCAGCCUGCGUUCCUGGCUGGCUCACAUAGAGACUGAGCUGUCCAGGCCCAUUGUCUACGACACCUGUGACGACCAGGAGAUUCAGAGGAAACUCAACCAGCAACAGGAGCUACAAAGGGACAUAGAGAAACACAGCACAGGUGUGGCGUCUGUGUUGAACCUGUGUGAAGUCCUGCUCCACGACUGUGAUGCCUGCUCCACGGAGACAGAGUGUGACUCCAUCCAGCAGGCGACCAGGGGGCUGGACAGACGCUGGAGGAACAUCUGUGCCAUGUCUAUGGAGAGAAGGCUCAAGAUUGAAGAGACGUGGAGGUUGUGGCAGAAGUUUCUGGAUGAUUACUCCAGGUUCGAGGACUGGCUGAAGACCUCAGAAAGGACAGCAGCUCUGCCAAACUCCUCUGGAGUUCUUUAUACUGUCGCUAAAGAGGAGCUUAAGAAGUUUGAGGCCUUCCAGCGUCAAGUGCAGGAGUGUCUGACCCAGCUGGAGCUCAUCAACAAACAGUACCGUCGCCUGGCCCGUGAGAACCGCACCGACUCCUCCUGCCGUCUCAGGGAAAUGGUGCAUGAUGGGAAUAAGCGAUGGGAUAACCUGCAGAAGAGGGUGGCUGCCAUCCUGCGCAGACUCAGGCACUUCAUCAGCCAAAGGGAGGAGUUUGAGACGGCACGAGACAGCAUCCUGGUGUGGCUGACUGAGAUGGACCUCCAGCUCACCAACAUAGAGCACUUCUCUGAGUGUGACGUACAGGCCAAGAUAAAACAGCUCAGGGCAUUCCAGCAGGAGAUCUAUCUGAACACGGGGAAGAUUGAGCUGGUGUUCAGGCAGGGUGAAGCUCUGAUUGAGAAGAGUGAGCCUCUGGAUGCAGCUGUCAUCGAGGAGGAGCUGGAGGAGCUGCAGAGAUACUGCCAGGAGGUUUUCGGACGAGUCGACAGAUACUACAAGAAACUCACACGUCUGCCUCUGGCUGACGACGAGCUCGAUGGUUCAGACAGAGAGCUCGACAUGGAGGAAGGCGGCGACCUCUCUGAGCUGCAGUGGGGCGAUUCCUCUUUGCCUCGAACAUCCAGCCGUCAAGCCACGGCCACGACCACCCUUUUGCGGACCGACCGCUCGGGGCGGGACACUCCAGCCAGUGUGGACUCCAUCCCGUUAGAGUGGGACCACGACUAUGACCUGAGCAGAGGUCUGGAGAGCCCCGGAGGACGAGGCCAUGGGGAAAGGAGCAGAGGGCAAGAAGAGGAGGAUGAGUAUCUGAGGACGGCUGCUGCAGUGCUGUCAGGUGAGCCAGGCCAGCUGGAGGCCAGUCUGAGACAGCUGGAUCAGGCUCUGGAUGCAGGACGAUAUCACCUCCAGCAGAGAGAGGCCAGUGCCAACCGCUCCAGCCCCGACAUCGACUCCACAUACAUGGGCUAUAUGCGUCUGAUGGGAGAGUGUCGGGGCAGUAUAGAUGCAGUGAAGAGAACAGAGGGAGAGCUGACUGAAGACGAGGACGACAUGCCAGGGCUCACCAACCCGACCAGCACAGACACUCAGAGUGCUGGUGUUAUCGAGCGCUGGGAACUGAUCCAGGCUCAGUCCCUGAGUGAGAAACACAGGUACAAACAGAACCUGCAGCAGUGGCAGCAGCUGAUCUCAGAUCUGCAGACCAUGAGGGCCUGGCUGGGUCAGUCCGAGGCUGAACUCAGUCAGCUGAGAGGGCUCGAUCUCAGCACCGACAUACACACAAUCCAGCAGAGAAUCAGGAAGCUCAAGGAGCUUCAGAAGGGGAUGGAUGCCCACAAGUCAGAGGUCUUGUCUAUCAACCUGAGCAGCGCAGACUUCCUCCAAUCAGAGGCCGACUCUGAGGAGGCCUGGGAGUUGAGGGACCGGCUGAAAGAGAUGAACUCACGCUGGGAUCGGCUUAGUACCUCACUGGAGGACUGGAGGGAGGAGCUGCAGAGGGCGCUGAUGCAGUGCCAGGAGUUCCAUGAGAUGAGCCACGGUCUGCUGCUGUGGCUGGAGAACAUUGACCGCAGGAGGAACGAGGUGGUUCCCAUCCCUCCCAGGGUGGAUCGUGAAACAUUAAGAGCUCAUCACAAAACACUGACGCAAAUCAAGCGUGAGCUGCUGGACUCGCAGCAGAAGGUGUCAUCCCUUCAGGAGCUCUCGGCUCAGCUGCUGGUCAACACUAAACCUCAGAGUCUGCAGCUGCAGUCGCAGACUUCCAAGCAGAUCCAGGGUCAGGGCAGUGAGUGUCUGGAGGCCCAGGAGAAAGUGCAUGUGAUCUGGAACAGACUGAGGCUGCUCCUGAGGGAGGUCAGCUCGGACCUGGAGGGGCUGGAGAGGAGGCUUGAGGCCAUGGACACACGGCAGGAUUGCUUACCUUUGCCUCUUCGCAAGUCAGAAAUCUAUGGAUCAGCUUCACCCGUGUCAGAGGUGGCCGUCGAAAGUCGCAAACGAUUGCCCCGAGGCAAAAGUAGUCAGGCCCACCCAGGACACCCUGAAAGCGGCCCACGCCACAGCCGGAGCAGAUCAGUAGGCGUCGCUGGCUGCGUUUCCUCCCGUUCUGACCUUUCGGACAGUGUCUCCUCGUCCUCCUCCUCAAAGGGCCAGUCCUUCCUGCUGCGGGUUCUCAGGGCUGCACUCCCUGUUCAGCUGCUCCUCCUGCUCCUCAUCGGUCUGGCCUGCCUGGUGCCCAUGACAGAGGAGGACUACAGCUGCCACCACGCCAACAACUUUGCCCGCUCCUUCCACCCCAUGCUGCGCUACACCAAUGGACCUCCGCCCAUAUGAGGAGCAGCUGAAUAUCUACCUACUGCUUUGCCAAGAACUCCACUGACUCCUGUGAAUGUUUCUUCUUCACCCCGUGCCCUAAAGCUACAAACUCUUCCCCUGCUGCGGGGGAGCCACAUCCAUUAUGAAGCGAUUCAGAGGUGAUAUAUGAAGACUUCUCUCACAAACAUUGCACACCCACUCUCCUGAAAUCACCUCAACCCUUUAAAACCCUGACACCAGACUAAAUGGACCUUCAUCUGGAGCCUGCCCCUGUUCCCCAAUCCAAAUAUUUCAUGUUGUUUUAACUUAAAUGUGUAUAUUAUUUUUUAAGGUUUCUAAAGAAACCUGUGAAAUCAAUGAAAAACAAAGCACUAUUUAUAUACUCUAUGUUGGGAGCCAAAGUCGACUGUGCUUUUUUUGUCCAUAAUAUCAAGUGCUGCUACUAUUUAUUUAGUGUUGAAUCAGUUAAUAGAUUGUUAGUAUUCAUGAAGCUAAAGCACCACCAGUGUGGGACAUUGUACCGGUGAAAUGUAGAGUAGACUUGCAGUUUGAGUAGCAAUCAUUCACAGUCUUAAAGUGAAGAGUUUGUUUUUUUUACAUGCUCAAAAAGAACCUGUUUGAAUUUGGAAAUUUGAUGAUUAUGCUGAACCUAUAGCACUGACAUGAGCACUGUCGAAGGUACUGCACUGAAGCCGUCCAGCCAAGAUGGCCGACGUCUUUCCCCAAAAGCCAAGGCUAGUAUUCCUGUUUUUAAUUUCAGUAUUUAAUCAAAUGGAGCCAAUAUGAAAAAAAAAGAUAUGGGCUCUUUUGUUAGAAAUAAUUAAACUGAUUUGUAUAUUAUUGCUGAAAUGCUUUUGAAUACAGGCAGUUAUUUUUUUAUCUUUGUUUGAGCAUCCACUUGAAAGUCCCCUGCUUUUAACAAAGCCAAACAAUCACUGGUAGUGUUUUAGUAAAUGGCUGUGACAUUAAAUAGUGUGCUUUGUAAUAACUGCGCUAAUUAUUCUGCAGUGAUGAGAUAUCAGUCACUGCGUUGUUAAAACAGAAUCUGUAAUAAAAAAAAAAAUUUUAAAAAAAUGAAAUAUGAAAAUGGUUAUUUAUGUAUGUACAGUUUGCUAAUGCCGACUUCAUGAAGAAUACUUUCUUUGCAAAUAAUAAAAC